AUGGGAUUUUUCGAAAAAUCCAACAAAACGAUAAUUACAGAAUAUUUGGGUAUGUUAAUUCCUUCUCUUCAAUGGGGAAGAGGUCGUGAAGACAACAGAAACGAGGCUGACUCUAAUGAUACUCUGAAAACUAUUAAUUCUCAUUAUUCCCAUCUUAACGAACUGAUAGAUCAAUGCGUUCUUAAGGAAGAAGAAGACUGGGGAUUGGUAAUUUCCGCUUGUGAUGCAGUUAAUGCAUCGGAUAACGGCGCAAAAGAAGCGGUGAAAUUCAUUAAGAAGAAAUUAUCCAAACAGCAACCUUCCAAUGUACAAUAUAGAGCUCUAAGCAUAUUGAGAGCUAUGGCAGAUAAUUGUGGGGCAAAGUUUCAUGCCGAAAUUGCAUCAAAAAAGUUUUUGGAUGAGCUAGAGCUUGUGGCAAUCUCUACUCAAACUGAUCCUCUCGUCAGGCAAAAGUUAAUCGAAGUAUUGGGAGAUUUAUCUGUGAUGUUUGAAAACGAACCGAGCUUGUGGCAGGUUUCUUACCUCUUCGGCAGGCUCGCCGGUGUAUCAGUUAAACGUCAAUCGAACGCCAUUGAUCCUCAACAAUACUCGAACCCCACGAGAACUACACCC